GAGAGCUUCUUUGAUGUCCUGUGUUGCUCAGGGAGAGCGUCUUGGUUUUUCAAAGCGGAAAGGUGAGUUCCAGCGCCAUAACCAACUCACAUUCUGAAGUGGAAUCUGCAACAUUCAUAUUCCUGAUUCUUUGUAAAUAUAGCAACAUCAGAAUACAUUUUAGCCGUGCUCACUUACACCGUGUUUCAAUACACAAGUCACCAAGUUGAUCAGGAAGAAACCGCAGGAGGUAGCGUGAGACGUGCUGGGAGUAGGAGAGGGACUCUGUGGCUUUGAAUGUCUGAAUCAGUUCCUUUGAGUUGGAGGCUUCUUAAAUUGAUAUGUACAAAUUUGUAUCUGAGGUUACGUGACGCGCGCACACACAUGGCAACCACACUGCAUUUGAUCGGUGGUGGAGGAGGCAGUCCAUUUGAAUUCCAUGGCAUGGACAACGGUGCCACCAUCAAGAAGAUCGGAGUGGCGGUGGGAAGCUCGCAGGUGAAAGCUGUGCGGGUGGAGCUGACCGACGGGAAAGGAGCGACUUUUGGAGAUGCGAACACUUUCAAUGCAUUUGAGUUCAACCUCGGCGAGCGCAUCACCAAGCUGUCUCUGUGGGGUAACGGCGCAGGCACACGUCUGGGUGCCAUCAAAUUCAUGACGAGUCAGAACCGGGAGUUCUUUGAAAAAAUGACCAGCUGGCCACUGAAGAUUGAGUACACCAUAGAUGUGGGUUCUGGAAUCUGCCUGGGGCUGCAGGGCAGGUCUGGCUCGGACAUCGACUGCAUGGGCUUCCUCUUCAUCAAAACCAUCAAGUCGUCCGUAAUGACUGACAUGGAGUAUCCCACCCUGUCCCUCUAUAAACCCCAGGUGACCCAAGAAUAUGUGACAUCUGUGUGUCACCAGAACUACACCUCCUUGGUUCUAGAAAAGUCCAUUACAUACAUCAAGACGCUGACCAAGACUUCCUCCUGGUCCGUCAGCAACAAAAUAGAAUUCACCUUGAAUGUGUCGGUCAAAGCAGGGAUCCCAGAUCUGGUCGAGGUGUCAUCAGGGUUCAGCUUGACCGUGGGAGUGGAGCAAUCCACCAGCCUGCAGAAGACCGAGACCAUAACAGAAUCAGGUACCAUCAACGUGAAGAUCCCACCAGGGAAGAUCAUGGAUGUUGAGAUCACAAUGUGGAAAGCAAAUAUCGACCUCGACUACAGGGCCAAAGUGAAAGUCACCUGCAUGAAUGGCAGUCAGCUGGUCUUCCCAUCCAAAGGCAUCUACACUGGUGUGGCUUACACUUCAUUGAGGUUAUCCAGAAAGGAGAGAUGAGUCAAGUGUGACUUUUUGAAUAAAAAGUGCAGUGAUAGAAAUUGA